AGCGUGAAGGAGCGACUCCAGCCCGCGGCGUCCGCAACUUGGAGCCCGCUUUCUCCAGCGGCCUGAGAAGUCGGCUCGCCCCCUCUGCUCGGGAAAGGAGGUCAGCGGCGACGGGCGCGGAGAGGGGCCACCGUGGAAAGUGCCGGCCCCUGCUGCCAAGACGCUCCUGCGUGUCGCCCCUCACUGCCCAGCGCCCCCUCCUCAGGUCAGAGGACGGGGAUGGAGAGGCAUGGAGGCUCGCGCCUCGGCUGUCUGGCCCUGCUCUCGCUGCUCCCGUCCCUGAGCCUGGCACAGUAUGAGGGCUGGCCCCAGUACCCUGAGUACUUCCAGCAGCCGGCCCCCGAGUACCACCAGCCCCAGGUGCCCUCAGACGUGGUGAAGAUCCAGCUGCGCCUGGCGGGCCAGAAGAGGAAGCACAGCGAGGGCCGGGUGGAGGUGUACUACAACGGCCAGUGGGGCACCGUGUGCGACGAUGACUUCUCCAUCCACGCCGCCCACGUCGUCUGCCGGGAGCUUGGCUACGUGGAGGCCAAGGCCUGGACCGCCAGCGCCUCCUACGGCAAGGGGGAAGGGCCCAUCUGGUUGGACAAUAUCUACUGCACAGGCAGAGAGGCGACCCUGGCGGCCUGUUCCUCCAACGGCUGGGGCGUCACUGACUGCAAGCACUCAGAAGACGUGGGCGUGGUGUGCAGUGACAAAAGGAUUCCUGGUUUCAAGUUCGACAAUUCGUUGGUCAACCACAUAGAGAACCUGAACAUCCAGGUGGAGGACAUCCGGAUUCGAGCCAUCCUGUCGGCCUACCGCAAGCGCACCCCCGUGACAGAGGGCUAUGUGGAGGUGAAGGAUGGCAAGACCUGGAAACAGAUCUGCGACAAGCACUGGACAGCCAAGAAUUCCCGAGUGGUCUGCGGCAUGUUUGGCUUCCCGGGGGAGAAGACGUACAACACUAAAGUGUACAAGAUGUUUGCCGCCCGGAAGAAACAGCGCUACUGGCCGUUCUCCAUGGACUGCACGGGCACAGAGGCCCACAUCUCCAGCUGCAAGCUCGGCACGCAGGUGUUGCUGGACCCCGUGAAGAAUGUCACUUGUGAGAAUGGGCUGCCAGCUGUGGUGAGUUGUGUGCCUGGCCAGGUCUUCAGCCCCGAUGGGCCCUCAAGAUUCCGGAAAGCCUACAAGCCAGAGCAGGACCGUGUGUCUCUUCAGCAACCCCUGGUGCGGUUGAGAGGUGGUGCCAACAUCGGGGAGGGCCGAGUGGAGGUGCUCAAGAACGGAGAAUGGGGUACCGUCUGUGACGACAAGUGGGACCUGGUGUCUGCCAGCGUGGUCUGCAGAGAGCUGGGCUUUGGGAGUGCCAAAGAGGCCAUCACUGGCUCCCAACUGGGGCAAGGGAUAGGACCCAUCCACCUCAAUGAAAUCGAGUGCACCGGGAAUGAGAAGUCCAUCAUAGACUGCAAGUUCAAUGCCGAGUCUCAGGGCUGCAACCACGAGGAAGAUGCUGGCGUGAGGUGUAACAUCCCUGCCAUGGGCUUCCAGAAGAAGCUGCGCUUGGACGGCGGCCGGAACCCCUACGAGGGCCGGGUGGAGGUGCUGGUGGAGAGGAACGGGUCCCUCGUAUGGGGGACGGUGUGUGGCGAGAACUGGGGCAUUGUGGAGGCCAUGGUGGUCUGCCGGCAGCUGGGCCUCGGGUUUGCCAGUAAUGCAUUCCAGGAGACCUGGUAUUGGCACGGAAAUACCUACGGCAACAAAGUGGUCAUGAGCGGGGUGAAGUGCUCGGGAACGGAGCUGUCCCUGGCGCACUGCCGCCAAGAUGAGGACGUGGCCUGCCCCCAGGGCGCGGUGCAGUAUGGGGCUGGAGUCGCCUGCUCAGAAACUGCCCCUGACCUGGUCCUCAACGCGGAGAUUGUCCAGCAGAGCACCUACCUGGAGGACCGCCCCAUGUUCAUGCUCCAGUGCGCCAUGGAGGAGAACUGCCUCUCAGCCUCGGCCGCCCAGACCAACCCCACCACAGGCUACCGACGCCUUCUGCGCUUCUCCUCCCAGAUCCACAACAACGGGCAGUCCGACUUCCGACCCAAGAACGGCCGCCACGCGUGGAUCUGGCAUGACUGCCACAGGCACUACCACAGCAUGGAAGUGUUCACCCACUAUGACCUCUUGAACCUCAAUGGUACCAAGGUGGCAGAGGGCCACAAAGCCAGCUUCUGCCUGGAGGACACAGAAUGUGAAGGAGACAUCCAGAAGAAUUACGAGUGUGCCAACUUUGGUGAGCAGGGCAUCACCAUGGGCUGCUGGGACAUGUAUCGCCAUGACAUCGACUGCCAGUGGGUUGACAUCACCGACGUACCCCCUGGAGACUACCUGUUCCAGGUUGUCAUUAACCCCAACUACGAGGUUGCGGAGUCUGACUACAGCAACAACAUCAUGAAGUGCAGGACCCGCUACGACGGCCACCGCAUCUGGAUGUACAACUGCCACAUAGGCGGUUCCUUCAGCGAAGAGACGGAAAAAAAGUUUGAACACUUCAGUGGACUCAUAAAUAACCAGCUCUCCACACGGUAAAGCACCAGGUCACCUCCUGUCUUCGGGCCACAGCACAUCUUCCCCAACAACCGCAGUCUGAUGGCCACACUCCCCCUCAUCCAGCCUGGCCCCCGCCCUGUCCCGACCCCCUGCGGCCGUGUCCAAGGCUCGGGGGGACGGGGCCGUGUCCAAGGCACCGGUAAAGCACCAGGUCACCUCCUGUCUUCGGGCCACAGCACAUCUUCCCCAACAACCGCAGUCUGAUGGCCACACUCCCCCUCGUCCAGCCUGGCCCCCGCCCUGUCCCGACCCCCUACGGGCCGUGUCCAAGGCUCGGGGGGCUGUGUCCAAGGCUGGGGGCUGCUGCCUGACCUCUGGAGCCUGGGACAACCUCCAGGAUGGGGCCUGACAGCAGGGUUGUGGGCACCAAGAGCCAUCUUGUCUGGGACCCCCGAAGCAGCUUGUCCCACUGAAACCACGGUCCACCCUGAGUGGGACACCACCCUGCUCAACUCACGACAGAUCAUUUGCCACGUGGUGGUGUGAGCUAUCAACCCAAGGUGGUCAGGCUGAAUUCCGUUUUCCUCCUCUUAGGUCAAUUCUAGCCAACCUGAAUAUCUAGACCUCUCUUCCGAUUAAACCGACUGCCUCUACUCUAUUAUCCUCACAUAGACAAAUAAUGCUGCCAUGUGUUUUCUAACUAAGCUCAGAGUUGGUGCUCCCCCC